CAAGGUGAGACAGGCUUGCUGUGUUAUUCUGCAUAGAGAUUUCAACAAAUUAAUUUAGCACAUUUGUUUUAAAGUCUGAUCUUUUUUAUGAAAAAUUUAUCAAAGAGAAUUUUUGCAUGAAGAAGAUGUUUUACUAAAUCACACGUUGAAGGUUAAAUCCAUUUGAAUAAAUAACAAAGUACGCCGGUGAAGGAUUUGUAGCAGGUACACGCGCAAAGGCAAAAAGAAGCAAAAUCAAAGAAUAUAAAAGGCGGCGGCGUGGUGGUGAGGAAGGAGUAUCCGAAAGACGAAAUUCGCAUACCGCACACAUCAGGCAUUUCCAAACAGUUUCAAAGGGAAACAAAAUUUUGCAAAGGUUGUAUGUGUGUGGUGUGCCGAUAUACGAGACUUGAAAUAUCUUGGUUAAUACGUAUUCAUAGAUCAGUUGAAAAUAAGUAAUCGAUCAUUGACAGUGGCGGAUACGAGAGACUAAAAUGACACAACGUGGAAAUGUAGCUGCUCUUGGGGAAGAGCUUGCCCAGGCCGUGGAGUUAAUAAUGCGCCCAGAUACAGCUCAGCAAUCACGUAUGGAAGCAUACAUGGCUUGUGAAAGAUUUAAAGAGGAAUCGCCUUUAUGUGCUCAAGUUGGGCUUUAUUUAGCCAGCGGACAACAAUUUGGUCAAAACGUGAAACACUUUGGUCUACAAUUAAUGGAAUACACUAUUAAAUUUAAGUGGAACAGCAUUUCGCAUGAAGAAAAACUCUUCAUAAAGGAGAACGCUAUGAAACUUUUACAUUUUGGCGUAGGCCCAGCGGAAGAUGUGAGUUUAGCGCAUUUGAAAGAUGCGGUGUCACGUAUUAUUGUGGAAAUGAUAAAACGUGAAUGGCCACAGCAAUGGACAACACUACUAUCUGAAUUAUCCGAUGCUUGCAAUAAAGGUGAACCUCAAACUGAACUAGUGCUUUUGGUUUUUCUUCGUCUGGUAGAAGAUGUUGCAUUACUUCAGACAAUUGAAUCAAACCAACGGCGUAAGGAUAUGUAUCAGGCGUUAACUAACAACAUGAACGACAUAUUCGAAUUUUUCCAACGACUUAUAGAAUUGCAUGUUACAAAAUUCCGCGAAGCUACUGCCGUAGGCAACUUUCAGAAAGCGAAUGCACAUGGACGAGUGGUGGAAGUGGUAUUACUCACACUAACUGGAUUCGUGGAAUGGGUUUCGAUGAACCAUAUAACUUCAAAUAAUUGUAAACUACUGCAAAUACUUUGCAUUUUGUUAAACGAUAAAGCAUUCCAAUGCAACGCAGCCGAAUGCCUCUCACAAAUCACUAAUCGCAAAGGUCAGGUGAAAGAACGAAAACCGCUGCUGAUGUUGUUCGGCGAAGAACCAAUGCGUUACAUUUUUACGGCCAGUCAAAUGCUUCCAGAUGCUGCCAACGCUACCGCUUUGGAGCAAAACCACAACUUUUUGAAGAAACUUCUAAAUAUGCUGAGCGGUUUGGGCCAACAAAUGGUUAUACUUUGGGGUAAGGAAGAUGGCAACAUACAGCGCCCACCAAACUUUGAAAUAUUUCUCGAAUGUUUACUAUUACUUUCAAGCCAUCAUUCCCUUACCGUUGCGCAUGGUGCCACACUUAUUUGGAAUGUGCUGUUAAAACACGAUGCCAUUUCCAAAGAUGCUACAGUGGUUCCUUACAUUCCAAAAUUGAUAGCCGUUAUAGGUCCACGUAUUAUCAAAACUUUAUACCCCAGCUCACGAACUCUACCCACGUCAGUUUCGACAGCAGCAUACAUUUGCUUAGAAUAUGAUAGCGAAGAGGAAUUUGCCGUUUUCUACUAUCGUUGCCGCACCGACUUUCUGGAGGUUUUUCGUCAAGCAACGCUUAUUCAGCCUAUCGUCACAUUUACGUAUUGUGAGCAGUGGCUCAAUGCACGUUUGUCCAAAGCACAUACUGAACGAAACAACGUAAAUUGUUCAGUUCAAGACCCUGCCUACAUGGAAUGGGAGGCGCUGGUAUGUGUUAUUGAUGGUGUUCUUAGUCGUAUACUGCUGGUGUCGGAGCGGCCAUCAGUACAAUCGGGUUUGCGUUUACUGGAGGAAUGUCUGAAAGUGGAAACCAGCAAUCCAUUGAUACUAUCUAUACUGCUUUCGUGUAUUUCAGCGCUUUUCGUAUUCCUUAGUAUGUCGUCGUGUCAGAUAACGCCAAAUAAUUGCGUAGCCAUGAGUGGCGUAUCUUUGUUGCCACGUGUGCUGGAGCGCAUAUUCCAAGCACUUGUUUUUCGUGAUUCCACCGAAUCGAAUAUAGACACGACACGAGCGCAAGCCACUAAAAAUUUACGACGUCAUGCCGCCUCGUUGAUGGUAAAGUUGGGUCACAAGUAUCCCCUGCUACUGUUACCGGUUUUCGAUCAGAUCGACUCACAUGUGCGGGUGCUGCUUGAAGAUCCACGGCAAGCGAUUAAUAAAAUGGAACGUACUACGCUACAGGAGGCGCUUUUGUUGAUAUCAAACCACUUUUGCGAUUACGAGCGACAGACUGUAUUUGUGGCAAACAUAAUGAAGGACACACUACCACAUUGGCCAACAUUCGCAGAGGUUUUCAAAUCGCCGUACACAUUUAUACAGUUCGUGGGACUGGAUAAACCAGCGGUAACGCCAAUUCAAUCAGAUCCCCUCAGUUUGAAUCGGGGCCACAUGCUUGACGCUCUAAACGUUGUAUUGGCUGUUAUUAAACGUUGCACUUGGCCUGACGAUCCAGAUCGUGCGUCUCGUGGUGGUUUCGUAGUUGGCUUCACAGAACUGGGAAAUCCUAUUUGCCGCAAUCCAGCCACACCGCACGUCAUUCCACUGCUGCCACACAUACUUGCGUUAAUGCGUGUGCUGAACGAGCUCUACCGUCCGCAAGCCAUGGCUUUGCUUUCGGAGGAUUUUCGCAAUGUCUACACGAUGUUGGAGCAUGAGAAAAAGAUGUUGUUGGGGGUGUGUACACCGCCUGCCGAUCCGCUUGAUCCAACCGUAAAAACGAUGACUAGUACCGUGGACCGUAUACAACAAUUUAUGGCAUUGCUAUAUGAGAGUUGUUAUCACAUGAUGGGGUCAGCGGGUCCCUCUCUCGGUCGUGAUAUUUAUCAACUACAAGGCAUUGCUGACGCAUUAAUUAACAGCGUUUUCGCAUCGUUGGAAGAUGUGCCUGACUAUAGGCUGCGCCCCAUUGUGCGCGUAUUUUUCAAACCGUUUGUAUACUCUUGCCCACCCGCCUUCUACGACUCGGUGCUUGUGCCAAUAUUUGCACAUUUAGCGCCAUUUAUGUGCUAUCGCCUGAUGCAGCGCUGGACAUACAUAUCUUCGUUGUACGAAUCGGGUCAAUUGAAUGAGGAGUCAAAUGACACGCAAGAGGUGCUGGAAGAUAUGCUGAAUCGUUCUUUGACACGUGAAUAUUUGGACGUACUGAAAAUUGCGCUUGUUGGUGCUGGCACUGAUGGUGUUCACGCAGCUGCAAACAUAACAGACGUUGCUAUGGAGCCGGAGGAGCACUCUAUGGAUGGCACAACACAAUCACGUGCAGCACAAUCGGCAUUGUUGUCCGAUAUUAUCAGUGACUUGGGCGCUAAACUAUUACGCAACGACGCUACGAGCAACUACAUACUUAUGACGCUGAUGGCCGCGUUAUCUUGGCAAGACGGGGCUUGCAGUAUGAAAGCAGUAAAUGUGAUAGCGCCGGUAAUGCGCUUUUUGGCGACCAGCGAGAUACAGUUAAUGGACCAAAACAAAGCAACGACCGCAUUCCAAGCCGUGCUACAGGGUCUACAGGUGCAUGGCAUGCAUGAUGCCAAUCAAGCAGGACUAAUAACGCUCGGUGUACAAUUCUAUGAGCUGCUGCGCCCCAAAUUUCCCAUACUCAGCGAAUUGUUACGUAAUAUACCAAACGUAAAUGCGGCGGAUAUACAAAAAUUCGAUGAAAAGGUAAGCGUGGCACCUUUGAAAGGCAACAAAGUGGACAAAGCUAAGAAGGAUCUGUUCAAAAAGAUGACCGCGCGCCUGGUGGGACGUAGCGUAAAUCAAAUGUUCAGCCGGCAAAUCGAAAUUCUGAAUCUGCCACCAAUGCAGACGCGUGCGCCUAAACCCAACACAGACAUUGUCGAUAUAACGCAAAACUCGGGCAUUACACAACUAUUCCGCACAGAAAAGUGACCAUCGGAGAAAGCAGCUGGGCAUGCAACUAAUGAAAAACCUUCAAUUUAAAGACUUUGAUGUAUGUAUUAAAAGCUUGUGCUGCUCAGAAACUGCGCCACAAAUGGAUAUUUGGUUAAACGAUACUGGAAACUGGUGAAGCGUAGAUUAUUAUAAAAAUAUACAUACAUACUUAUAUACAACUUGGUGGGGAAGUAAGAGGCCGUUUGGAAAUGCGUUAACGCGAAAUUCCAUCAACUAUACCACAAAAUGUAGAACGAAAUUACUUAUUUACUUAGCUACAUAUGAAAUAAUUUAUAAAUUAUAUAUGUAAAUGAAUAUAUAUGUAUAUGUAUAUAUACAUAAAUGAUGUUUUUAUUUAAUUUUCAGUUUUAAAAUUGUUUCUAUUUGCGAAAAUUUGCACUGUUUUUUAUGGAUAUUUUAAAAUAUUAUGUAAGUGAUUCUUUAGAUAUUUUUAUUAAGAUAUUAUAAACGAAGUGAAGUAUGAACGAAAUAAACGAAUUACGUCUAAGCCGAGUGAAGCUUGAAUGGUAGAUAAAA